AGCUGUCUGUUUCAAAACGCACACUACACCUGGUUAGCGAGUAUACCCCGGAGCAUUCAUCUUCAGCGGACAAAGAAAUGGCCCCGGCACUGCCCCUCACUUGGGGCUAAGGCCACUCGAUUUGGUCACAAGGGCAACCACACUGCGGUAUUGCCUGAACCCGAAAUACUUUUAUGUUUACAUCCAGACUGCCCUAAAUAAUCUAUGCGGGCCUUUUUUUUUACCAAAGCGGCCUUUCGCAUUCAAUGCCAGAAGAGUUUCAGGAGCCGAUGGUGCGCACUGUUCCUGGCCUGGAGAACGUCCGUAUGGUCCAGCCGGUUCAUGGUGUAGAGUAUGACUAUGCAGAUCCUCGAGAACUUAAGCGUGGGUCGCAAACGCUGGGAAGCCCUCUUGCGCGACCACAACGCGAGACAUAAACGGAUACAAGGUCUCCAGUUCGUGGUUUUGAGUCCGACGGUGCGUAGACAUAGGCACUCCCAUUUUCAGAUAAAUGCACUGAUGAUCGUCGCUAGGUUUGGGAGAAGUUCGGUUUCAACAUAAUCAAGGAUGGUAUUUCGAGG